AUGCCAACGGGCCCGGAGGACCCUAGGCGUCCCGGUGAGAGUCCGCCUACAAUAUCCAUUGUUAUGUGUAUCAUCGUCUCCAUCCUCAUCUUAAUAGCCAUAUUCGUGGCCAGACGAAGCUCUCACAGGACAGAGUCAGACGAACACCCACACCGAAGACUGAAGAAAGGGUCCGGAGGCAUUGGGGUCAACGCUCUCCGCUCAUUGCCGCUCGUCAAGUACGACCCAGACUUGAUGGGCCAGGACUUUCACCAUGACGGGAGUACAAGCCCACGGGGACUGAAUCUGUUGCGCGGCAUGGACAUGGCAGUCGGCGAGUCUGGUGUGGGAGAUAAACCAUCUCGAAAGGCAUGGCGCGCGUUCUACCCCCAGAUACGACACGCACUCUUGGGCAAACACAAGGGACAACAGCCUUGCACGGAAGACGGCGACACCAAUCACUUGAUACAAACUUGUGCGAUUUGUACCGAUGACUUUGUUCGUGGCACGAACGUGAGGAGGCUUCCUUGCGGUCACUUCUUCCACCCACCCUGUAUCGAUCCAUGGCUUCUGAAUUUUGGGGUGACAUGUCCCUUGUGGCAAGUUUUCCCCCCCUCCCUCUCCUUUCAUUUUGUUGCCCCAGACUUGGGUGGGCGAUGCCUCCUUUUGCUGACUCCAUCACAGUCGGGCAAAUCUCAGAACGUUAGCGAAUGCAAAUAA